AUGGCCGUCUCCAGACCCAUCACGAACUUGGCUCUCCCACAAGAAGUGAAAGACAAAAUCUGGUCCUACUUCCUUGAUGGAGAAGUAGUCCGAGAACCUCACCCAUACAAAUACCAGCCAGCGGGAGACUUCUACACGAAGGACAUGCGGAACCGCGACUGGCCUCGGCCUGAGCGAGGCUGUCUGCAGCUCCUCGAGGGCACUAACUCUACAUAUGACUUCCAGAUGGGGCUACUGCGCGUCAACAAGGCCAUCCGUGGUGACGCUUUGAACUUCCUGGCUCAACGUAACCCCUUCGUCUUGGUGCGCUACAACUGUCCGGCUUUACGAGCUUACCUCGACCAGCUGCACGUCCCUGUUGUCGCACACGGUGGAUCGCGACAUUCAUCGUAUCAUAAUUUCGAAGUUGACAUCGACUGGCCGUGUCCGUUCUUACAAGCAGCCUCAGUCCACUCAGCUCCCAACCCGCCGGGAGUGCUACUCAUGCUGGAAAAGGACAUGCCUGACUUCUGGCUGGUCUUGCGGCUUUUGUGUCAAAAAGUCAAGCCAUCUGCCAUUGUCUAUCACGCUACACCAGGAAGAAUGUCUUCGAUAUACAACUUGCAUCACGACGAGCUUGACCACUGGGUCGGCAUUCCAGCCGUCAAAAUCUCUGGACGCAGUAUCGAGCACCGCAGACUGACGCAAGAGGUAUGCCACCGCUUCCUGGACCCGAUCCAAUCUGUGGUCGGCUUUGGCUACAACAUACACUUCCACGGACUCGGCGUGGAAGCUCCUCGCCUCCUCCGAUUACGGCAGGUCAUCGCGCCAAGCAUCAUUUGCUCGACUGCACGCGAGUCUUUCGACCUCGAUACGUUACUUCAACUCAAGGAGCGAGCCGACGUUCUCGCCGUUGCCGGAAAUUACGAGGCAGCUGAGGCAAUGUUUGGCUGCAUUGAGACUCCAUGUCAUUCCGCUUCGCUGCACGCCGAUUCUGAACAUAAAGAGUCGCUUGACCAUCUGCGGGCAAGCGUCUUACUUUCCAUGGCAUGGUUGUGUUGUAGACGCGGCGCUACUGGAUUGGCAUCGAGACUCAGUGCAAGUGGCUGCUCACGUGUGCCCCGGAAUUCCUCUAACGCUGCCUUGGGUACCUUUCACCAUAUGGACCAUGUCAUUUCUGCAGUGACCCUGCCGUACGAUCUGCCAUUCUGGAUGGUCACUCCAGAAAUGAUCUUGGCAGACAUGGAGGCACUCCCACGCAACGAACGCAUCACGAAUGACAUUCUCUGGCUGAGGCGGAUGCUGCUGCAGGCUCCAAUCUCUCAAAGCAUAAUUCAUCUCGAGGAUACGAGCGUGUGCAAGUUCCCCUUUCCGGUCUUCGACUCUGGCUCCAGGCCAUCUUUGCAGAACAUCGUUGGCUGGCAGGACAUGAAGCAGCUGCGAGAGCUCUCGAAUCGCCAAAAGGACGCUGCUCGUGCGUUGCAGAAAGAACAUGGUUUGCCCAUCAGCGACCUUUGA